UAGUAGAUUAUUUAGUUACUGUUUAUUUAAUUUUGCCUUGUAUUCAGUAAAUAAAAGUGCUUUUUAUUAAAUUUAAAUUAAAAAAUAGUACAUUUCACAAGCCAAUACGUCGAGUCGGUUAGCUAUCACAAACUUAUAAUGAUUAUAAAGUUUUUAUUCAAUGUAAUAAUUUUAUAACCUCGAAAUGGAUUAUGAUUCAAUACCGGAGUUCCCUGCAUUCAACAGCAAUAAAUUAGUCAAAACAUACCCUAAAGCGAAAAAGUCGCGAAUUGUAAAACAGGAAGUUGAGAAACCACAAAUACCCAUAAGAAUUGAAGUGAAAAAAGAGGCUUUGACUUCAAAAAAUGCCUUAAUUUUUAUGCUCGAAGGAUGUCUAAAAUUGAAAGUAUGCCGAUAUUGCCUUCACGAAACGCCUCUGCUGUCAGAACUGGAGCAAAUCUUACAGAUAGCCACUCCGAGAGGCAUAUACAAAAUCUCCAUUAAGGAAAUUAUUGCUAGUUUUUAUCCCGUCAAGAUAUCAGAAGACAAGAACUUCCCAGAUAAGAUCUGCAACAAAUGUCUGUCUAGUGCUCUUAGCUCAUACCUGUUUGCGCAGCAAUGUGAACAAGCAGAGAGAGCAUUACGUAACUGUUUCGAAGAUAUUUAUGAGAAAUUUGAAAAGAUAGAUCCAUUGGAACGCCCUAAGAAACGGGGCCGACAAAAAUUGAAUCCCAAUUACAAUAAAAUAUAUGCUGAACAUAAAAAUGUUAUGGAUUACGCUGAACCAAUUAUCAAUCUUAAAAACACAUCGACAGAGUCGCUAACAAAAGAAGAGAAACUACAAGAUUAUGAAUGUUUGAAAUGUUGUGAAGUGCUACCAAAUGUUGAAUCGUUGUUGAACCAUGAAAAAUUACAUCCCAAAAGUAUGUGGUACCACUGUAGGAUAUGCGGUAAAGCUUAUCCAAAACGUCAUCAAGUCAAAAAGCAUUUUAUAACUCACGGAAGAGAAGAAGUUGAAAUUCCAGAUCACAGCUUUUCAUGUAAAAUAUGUAAUUAUAACACAAAAGAAUAUAAUGUUUAUUUACAACACAUAGAGAAGCACAAAUUUCAAGAAUUACUACAAGAUUUGAUCGAUCGUAAAACCGACAAGUUCUGCUCUAUUUGCCUAAAGAAGAAAAACAGGUUGUUUGAUAUGGAGAGCAUGCUAUGCUUGCACGGAGGCUGUCCUGAGUUAUCUGGUGAUAGGAGUUUGUACAAAAUUGUCAGUUCCAUGUUGCCGGAGAUUAACGAGAGUCGUAACAUGGGAACAAAAAUAUGCGAAAAAUGCCUUGACCACGCCAUCAUAGCAUACGUAUUCGUGAAUCAGUUUUAUUUUACCAGAAAUAGGCUCGACGUUUGCAUUAACUCAUUAACAAACGGUCUGAACGUGGUAGACGCUUCGAAGGGAAAUGUUUUCGCUGAAAUUUCACUGUCAACAAUAAUGCCGAUACAGAACAGUCUAAGCUUAUUCUCAACUCAGGAUCAGCCAUCUGAUGAAAAGGAAUUGAAAGUGGACGUUCUUGAAGAUGAAUUCAGACAGCAGGAUGAAACUGGUGAUGAGAAAACGGACUCGGAAGACGAGCGAGAUAACUGCCGCGAAGACAUCGAAGCGCCUCUUCCGAAACACGAUCUGGUGAACGGCUACGAAGACCUGGACCCUAUGAGCAGAGUCAGCGAGUUCCUAACGUUCAAAAAGCCGGUGUUGCGCAAGCCCAAACCCGCGGCCGAAAGCUACACGUGUCCGCUAUGCUACAAGAAUUUUAUAUCGGAUUACUUCUUGAAGAGGCACAUCGUGAGGCACGCCAACAGAAACGUUCAGUGUGGCGCCUGUCUCCAAGUCUUCAAAACGAAAUUCAACUUUAUCGAACACGUGAAAAGCGUGCAUCGGACUAACGUUAAGCCGUUGAUUAAAUGCGAGAUAUGUGAAAGGCACGUUAGCUUGAAGAAGUUGAAGUCACACACCAGGGCGCACUCCGAAACUAACUGCGUGCUCUGCGGGAAGGUCUUCGUAUCGGUCAAGCAUUACAGAGCCCACAUGGAGAGGCACGCGCUAAAGUUGCGCCUCAUCAGACGCCGGUAUGUAAAAACGUGCGGUUUCUGCGAGAAGGAAUGCGCAAACAAGAAUGCGCUCACAGCUCACGUGAAUAAAGUUCAUUUACAAGUAAAGCCAUACGCUUGCGACAUGUGCGAAAAGCAGUUUUACACCGAAUACGAUUUGAGGUGCCACAUGAAACUGCAUAGUUCGAAAUCUAAGGAGCGCUGUGAGCUUUGUUUUAAAGUGUUGAGGUCCAGGAGUCAGCUCGUAGCGCACAUUAGAAAGCAUAUGGGGGUCAGGCCUUACGCUUGUCAAUUGUGCAAUCACACGUUUUAUUCUCAGAACAAGACUUACGUGCACAUGAGGAGACGCCACGGAGGAAUCCACGUUUGUAAGUUUUGUAAAACGGCGUAUUCGACUCAAAGGAAACUAGAGAUUCAUACGCAGACAUCUCAUUCUGUGAUUUAAAAGGUCCCGUAUUAUUAAUUAGUUGAAAUGUAUUCUGACAUCGUGAGCCUGUGUCGAUGUAAGUGCGAUAGUUGAGGAGGUCAGAGUCUGGCCGGAUUCACUUUGCGGAAAUUGCGGGUUGAACUGAUUCCUGGAUGUAAAAUAUACUCCUAUGGGACGGGAUGUGGUACUAAUGUCCUUGCACUUGGAAAUAUUCUACUGCGACUUCAAAAUUUGCGAAGACUGUGGCCAGUGAUGCAUGGUGGAAGAUUAUACUGGGUGACCUUAUUUAGACAUAUUCACACUCAAAGCAUAGAGCCUAGAGGGAAUCAACAAAUGACACCCUUACAGUUAUAAUUUUUCCUACCUAUGCUGAUAGUCUUGAGAGAUUAUUUCAGCUUCGCCUUAACAUGUAUAUAAGCUCACGGGGCUCAAACCGGAGCCUCCUUGCAGAAUAUACUGCGUCAUUUUUAUUUGGAAGUCGCGGAGCAGGUCAUUAGAAUGCGCAGAUAUGGUACCUUUUGCUGCUCGAUGAUGAAAAAAUGCAGCCGCUACGUCGCUUCCUGUAGCCGAGUACUUCACUGUUGAUCAUAGGUCCCCUCACCACAUUUCCAGCCGGUGCUAUGGCGUUUAAUCAGCUACAGUGAUUAGUGUGCGAAUAUUAACCAAUAGAUGGCGUUACGUGCACGUCCCGACCGCACAGUGGUUAGUGUGCGAACGUUUGCCAACAGAUGGCGUUACAUGCCCGUUACUAAUUAGCAUUGUAGAUCUUGUCGGCCUCUUAGAGUAUAAUCAGUUGAUUGAAAAAUGCUUAUCUUAAAAAUUGUUGCAAAUAUAUCAAUAACACAUCAGAACUGAGUACAAUUUGUUAUGUUCUAUAUGGAAAAUUUGAUAUGGAUAUGUCGACUUUAAAUAUAAUUAUAUAAAUGCCUCUAUUAAUUGAAGAUGU